UCUCUGCGCAUGCGCACACGUUGCGGGGUUGGGGGGAGCCCACCCCCGCCGCCCCCGCCCCCGCUGAAGCUCUAGGGUCUCUCCCUAGAGCUUUGCCGUUCGGGACAGCUGCUGAAGUCCUUGUGGCUCCGCCCGCCCCGCGCGGCAGCGACAUGGAGGAGUUCGACUCUGAAGACUUCUCUACCUCAGAGGAGGACGAAGACUACGUGCCGUCGGGUGGAGAGUAUAGUGAAGAUGAUGUAAAUGAAUUAGUGAAGGAAGAUGAAGUGGAUGGUGAAGAGCAGACACAGGAAACCAAAGGGAAAAAAAGAAAGGCCCAGAGCAUUCCGGCCAGGAAGAGAAAACAAGGUGGCCUCUCAUUAGAAGACGAAGAAGAGGAGGAUGCCCACGAGGAGUCGGAGGAAAGUAGCAGUGAGGAGGGAGAUGCAGCUGCAGAGCAGGAAGAAGGCCUGGGCUCGGAGGCUGCAAGGAGGAAGAAGGAAGACGAGCUGUGGGCCAGCUUCCUCAAUGAUGUGGGACCCAAACCUAAAGGGCCCACAAGUACACAAGUUAAGAGAGGAGAGAAUACUGAAGAGACAAGUUCAAGUAAAUCGUUGGUCAGAGUUGAGGAGCUUGAGAAACCGAAAGAAGCUGAAAAAGUUAAAAUCACUAAGGUGUUUGAUUUUGCUGGUGAAGAAGUCAGGGUGACUAAGGAAGUGGAUGCUACAUCUAAAGAAGCCAAAUCUUUCUUCAAGCAAAACGAGAAGGAGAAGCCACCGGCUCCUGUCGCUGCAGCGCUGCCGUCACUCCCUGCCGGGUCUGGGUUAAAAAGAUCAAGUGGCAUGAGCAGCCUUUUGGGGAAAAUCGGAGCCAAGAAGCAGAAGAUGAGCACCCUAGAGAAGUCCAAACUGGACUGGGAGAGCUUCAAGGAGGAAGAGGGCAUUGGCGAGGAGCUAGCCAUCCACAAUCGAGGGAAGGAGGGGUACAUUGAACGGAAGGCUUUUCUAGACCGAGUGGACCACAGGCAGUUUGAAAUCGAGCGAGAUCUCCGGCUGAGCAAAAUGAAACCCUGAUGUUAAUGCGGGAAACCAAUAGCAGCUUAAUCCUGUUUACAAUGUGAGCUUCUGGUGCGUCUGUGAAAUGUUUCCGGUGUUUCUCAUCCAACUGUUUCCCAGCAAGGUCUUUUUUCUACGUUGAAUUUCUGUCUUUGUAUCUUGACCUCAUGUGGUUUCAUCCAUUUUACUUUUAAAAGUUUGUCCUUGAAAAAAAUAAAAAUAAAUUUGGUCCUGCGA